GAAGCUAUUAAGCUGUGUAAAGACUCAGUAUUUGCAGGCUCGCGGUUUUACAUUUGGGAGGUGGCUAAGCACCACGUGUAAGGUAAAACAAAGCGGGCAGCCCACGGUAACGACAAAAUAAACGACCACCGAGCUUUCUACAUUCCUUCCACAUAGCACUUGUACGCGCGCCCUCUUAGCCCUGCCCUUGCGCGCUCUCGGCUUCCUCUCCCCCGGUGAGACCCCGCCCCAUGGGUACGAGCAGUCAGGAGAAGGGGGCGAAGAAGAUGGCCGACAUGGAGGAGCAGCUGUCUGACGAUGAGAAGGUUCGUGUAGCAGCAAAGUUUAUCAUCCAUGCUCCACCAGGAGAAUUUAAUGAAGUGUUUAAUGAUGUACGGCUCCUACUUAACAAUGAUAACUUACUCAGGGAAGGGGCUGCUCAUGCAUUUGCUCAGUACAACUUGGAUCAGUUCACUCCAGUAAAAGUUGAUGGCUAUGAUGAACAGGUAUUAAUAACUGAACAUGGUGACCUUGGCAAUGGGAGGUUUUUGGAUCCAAAAAAUAAGGUUUCUUUUAAGUUUGAUCACCUGAGAAAAGAAGCAAGUGAUCCAAGGCCUUCUGAUGGAGAAAAUGCAAUUGAAUCAUGGAGGAACACAGUGGACACUGCUGUAAGAUCCUAUGUGAAAGAACAUUAUCCAAAUGGAGUUUGCACUGUGUAUGGUAAAACCAUUGAUGGACAACAAACAAUUAUUGCAUGUAUAGAGAGUCAUCAGUUUCAAGCUAAAAAUUUUUGGAAUGGACGUUGGAGGUCAGAAUGGAAGUUUACCAUAACACCAUCAACUACAAAAGUAUUUGGCAUUUUAAAAAUUCAGGUUCAUUAUUAUGAAGAUGGUAAUGUGCAGCUUGUGAGCCAUAAAGACAUUGAAGAGUCAUUAACUGUUUCUAAUGAGGUCCAGACUGCUAAAGAAUUCAUUAAAAUUGUGGAGGAUGCUGAAAAUGAGUACCAGACUGCAAUCAGUGAAAAUUACCAGACUAUGUCUGACACUACUUUUAAAGCCUUACGCCGGCAGCUACCAGUAACGCGCACUAAGAUCGACUGGAACAAGAUUCUUAGUUACAAAAUUGGAAAAGAAAUGCAAAAUGCCUAAGAUAAACAUUGCAUGGCUGAAACAUUUGUGUUUUUGCAUCAAAAUUAUUGCAAGAAAUCUGCCAAAUUGCAGCAUGGCCUUUUGCCUAAAAAAAGGGAAUUACUGCAAUUCAAAUAAUUGGGCUACAGCACAAAAUUAACCUGAUCAAAUUAAAUGCUAUUUCUUUUUGGGGGUUGGUAUAUCUGCUUUUUCUCCCUUUUGCAAACUUAGGUUUUAGAACCAUCUAAUCUGCUUUGAUUUUAAAUAACAGACUGCAAAGGUAUAGAAAGACUUGGAGAAAUCUGAAUAUAAGAAUUAGUAAGUGAGAGGAGAGAGAACUGCCACACAAAGUUUAGUUUUGGCAUUUUCUGAGGUGGCGAGUAUGAAGCUCUCAUUUUAAUAGGUUUCUGUGUAAGUGACACCAGAGAUUUUGCAUUAUGUAUUUUUUAUGGACUUUUCUGCUCUGCCAUAUGUAAAACCAGCAUUUGUAGUCUGAUGGCACACAUGGGGCACUUUCCAGCCAUUUCCCAUUCAGGUCAAGGUAGCUAAAAAAGCACUUUGUGUGCUAUUGGUUUUAUUGUUCAAUCAUGUAAUUCGUUUAACCCCAAACAUGGGAAGCGGAUGGCUCAGGUUAAAAGCCACUUUGACACAAAUGGUUAAAAGUAAAAUCUGUUAAUUUUGCUAACUGUAUGAACCUGAUAAGAAAAUGACCUAGUUCUAAUACUAUUUUUGGGAUUUUUUUUCAGCCAUUGCUUGAUAACAUGUACCGCUUUGUUCCUGUGAUAACAAUGUAAAUUGGCUUGAAAUCCAUUUGCCCUUAAUUUCUUAAUCUUAUUAUACAGCCUCUAAUGUAUUAUAAGAAGGCAAACUGUAAUAUAUAUGUACUCCUGUACUCAUCAUGUCGUGUCAGUUUAUUUUUCUUCUGCAGUUAAAAUGUACUAAAAUUCAGUGUUACAUUAAAAUGCAGAUUUUCUAUGAUAAGUA